UGAAAUGUACUUGGUCUAAGAUGAGGUAUGAAUUGUUAAAUGUUGCAAGAGAAGAACCGCUAUUGACUUUCAAAGAAUCCAACAAGCCCCUCAUAUUUGAAUUCCCUAGUUUUCCUUCAACAAAAGGCCAAAUAGCCAACCUUUCAGCCACCAAGCUGGCUGCCCCUUUUUUAUUUUUCACUCCGUCAAUGACUCGCACUGCCUGUAUAUAUAUAUUCUCCUUCAAUCUCUAUUGAACUUACACUUCUUUAUCUGCUCCCUACCCCCCAAAAGAAAGGAACCAACACUUGUCUACAUUGAAAUAGAGGGUGAGAACAUUUUUCUUUUGGGUUCAAGAAUUAGUGGGAGGAAAAAGUAAAAAAAAAAAAAAAUAAUAAUAAUAAGAAGAAGAAGGCAAAAAUAUGGAUGGUUUAGAAAGAGUUCGAAGUCGAAAUCCCAGCAGAAGAACGGGGCAUAGCAGCAUAGGGAGGAGCUUAAGUAGGAGUAGUUGGAACAUGGAAGAUGUGUUUUCAGGUUCCAGAAGAAGUAGCCGUGUGGAAGAUGAUGAAGAAGCUCUAAAAUGGGCUGCUAUCGAGAGACUACCCACAUAUGAUAGGCUGAGGACAAGCAUCAUGCAGUCCUUUGUGGAUCAUGAAAUCAUUGGCAACAAGAUGGAACAUAGAGAGGUUGAUGUUAGAAACCUUGACAUGAACGACAGACAAAAAUUCAUCGACAUGCUCUUCAAGGUUGCUGAGGAAGAUAAUGAGAAAUUCUUGAAGAAGUUCAGAAACAGGAUCGAUAAGGUUGGGAUUACACUUCCAACAGUAGAAGUUAGAUUCAACCAUCUGACGAUUGAAGCCGACUGCUACGUUGGCAGCAGAGCUCUUCCAACUCUUGUAAACUCUGCUAGAAACCUUGCAGAAUCGGCUCUUGGGCUCCUUGGAAUCAGUUUUGCCAAGAAAGCAAACCUCACAAUUCUUAAAGAUGCUUCUGGGAUUAUUAAACCAUCAAGGAUGACACUCUUACUAGGCCCACCCUCUUCUGGGAAAACAACCCUUUUGCUGGCAUUGGCCGAUAAGUUGGACCCAAGCUUAAGGGUUAAAGGAGAAGUCACAUACAACGGAUAUAAACUAAAGGAAUUUGUUGCUAGAAAGACAUCCGCAUAUAUCAGUCAAAAUGAUGUUCAUGUUGGAGAAAUGACUGUGAAAGAAACCUUGGAUUUCUCAGCAAGAUGUCAGGGUGUUGGGACACGAUACGAUCUGUUAAGUGAGCUUGCUAGAAGGGAAAAAGAUGCAGGGAUUUUCCCAGAAGCUGAUGUAGACCUUUUCAUGAAGGCAACUUCAGUGGAAGGAGUUGAAAGCAGCCUUAUCACUGAUUACACACUCAAAAUAUUGGGGCUCGACAUAUGCAAGGAUAUCAUCGUUGGAGACGAGAUGCAGCGUGGAAUUUCCGGAGGUCAAAAGAAAAGAGUAACAACAGGGGAGAUGAUUGUUGGUCCCACCAAGACACUAUUCAUGGAUGAAAUAUCAACGGGUCUUGAUAGUUCCACGACAUACCAGAUAGUGAAGUGCUUGCAGCAGGUUGUGCACCUAACAGAGGGCACAAUCUUGAUGUCACUAUUGCAGCCUGCUCCAGAGACUUACGAUCUCUUUGAUGAUAUCAUCCUCUUAUCUGAGGGUCAAAUUGUCUAUCAAGGUCCACGAGAACACGUUGUUGAGUUCUUUGAGAGCUGUGGUUUCAAAUGUCCCGAGAGGAAAGGAACUGCUGACUUUUUGCAAGAGGUUACCUCAAAGAAGGACCAAGAACAAUAUUGGGCGGACAAAAGAAAGCCAUACAGAUACAUUACAGUAACUGAAUUUGCAAACAGGUUCAAGCACUUCCAUGUCGGAAUGCAGCUACAGAGUGAGCUAGCUGUGCCUUUCGACAAGUCAAGAGGCCACCGAGCGGCAUUGGCCUUCCAGAAAUACUCUAUGUCCAAAAUGGAGCUUCUUAAGGCCUGUUGGGACAAAGAAUGGCUAUUGAUCAAAAGGAAUUCUUUUAUUUAUGUGUUUAAGACGGUCCAAAUUAUCAUCGUGGCAUUCAUCUCGUCUACUGUCUUUUUGAGAACUGAAAUGCACCGGAGGGAUUUGAACGAUGCGCAACUCUAUAUUGGCUCACUUCUGUUUGGAAUGAUCAUCAACAUGUUCAAUGGCUUCGCUGAGCUCUCGCUUAUGAUUAGUAGGCUUCCAGUGUUCUACAAGCAAAGAGACCUCUUAUUCCACCCUGUCUGGACUUUCACUCUGCCCACUUUCUUGCUCCGGGUUCCGAUAUCUAUUUUGGAAACAGUUGCUUGGAUGGCUGUAACUUAUUACACUGUAGGAUAUGCACCUGAGGCCAGCAGGUUUUUCAAAAACUUCCUGUUGGUGUUUUCAGUACAACAAAUGGCAUCUGGUCUAUUUCGGCUCAUUGCCGGAUUAUGCAGAACAAUGAUCAUAGCUAACACUGGUGGGGUUCUUACACUUCUCCUCGUGUUCUUGCUGGGAGGUUUCAUCAUUCCUAAACGUGAAAUUCCAAGUUGGUGGGAGUGGGCUCACUGGAUUUCACCUUUGACUUACGGUUUCAAUGCCUUUACUGUGAAUGAAAUGUUUGCGUCAAGGUGGAUGAAUAGACAGGUUUCAAACAGUUCGACUAGCCUGGGGGUACAAGUGCUUGAUAGCUUUGAUGUCCCAAACGAUGAAAACUGGUAUUGGAUUGGUGCAGGUGCUCUUCUAGGGUUCGCAGUGCUCUUCAACAUUCUCUUCACCUUUGCGCUUAUAUACUUAAGCCCCCUUGGAAAGCCGCAGGCUAUAAUUUCGGAGGAAACAGUGGAAGAGCUAGAGGCUAAUAAUGUGGAUUCUAAUGAAGAACCAAGGUUAAUGAGACCAGAAUCAAGUAAAUAUUCAUUCUCUGCAGAUGCAAGCAAUGCAGUAGAAAUGGAAAUCCGAAGAAUGAGCAGUCGAGCUGAUUCCCACGGAAUGAGCAGGAAUGAUUCCCAAGUUGAUGCAGCCACUGGUGUUGCCCCAAAGAGAGGAAUGGUUCUUCCCUUCACUCCUCUAGCAAUGUCCUUUGACACUGUCGAUUACUACGUUGAUAUGCCACCUGAAAUGAAGGCACAAGGAGUUGGUGAGGAUAGGUUACAACUACUUCGGGGAGUAACAGGUGCAUUUAGGCCUGGAGUGUUGACUGCAUUGAUGGGAGUCAGUGGAGCAGGGAAGACAACAUUGAUGGAUGUUCUAGCAGGAAGAAAGACCGGUGGAUAUAUUGAGGGUGAUAUCAGAAUAUCCGGAUUCCCAAAGAAACAAGAAACCUUUGCAAGAAUUUCUGGAUACUGUGAACAAACUGAUAUUCACUCACCACAAGUGACUAUCAGAGAAUCCUUAAUUUACUCAGCAUUCCUACGACUUCCAAAAGAAAUCAGCAACGACGAAAAGAUGAUUUUCGUGGAUGAAGUAAUGGAACUAGUAGAAUUAAGCAAUCUCAAGGAUGCCAUAGUAGGGUUGCCUGGAGUCACAGGGUUGUCAACAGAGCAAAGAAAGAGGUUAACAAUUGCAGUAGAGCUUGUUGCUAAUCCCUCGAUCAUUUUCAUGGAUGAACCGACAUCCGGUCUUGAUGCGAGGGCAGCAGCCAUUGUCAUGAGGACUGUCAGAAACACCGUGGACACUGGAAGAACGGUUGUCUGCACCAUUCAUCAGCCUAGUAUUGAUAUCUUUGAAGCCUUUGAUGAAUUGCUACUAAUGAAGAGAGGAGGUCAGGUGAUUUACUCCGGACCAUUAGGCCGAAAUUCUCAUAAGAUCAUCGAAUAUUUUGAGGCAAUUCCUGGAGUUCCCAAAAUUAAGGAAAAGUAUAAUCCAGCUACAUGGAUGUUAGAAGUGAGCUCUAUAGCAGCUGAAGUUAGGCUCGGAAUUGAUUUUGCUGAACACUACAAAUCAUCUUCCUUGUAUCAGAGAAACAAGGCGUUAGUAAAUGAGUUAAGCACACCACCUCCAGGAGCUAAAGACCUCUAUUUUGCCACUCAGUACUCACAAACUACAUUGGGUCAAUUCAAAUCAUGCUUUUGGAAACAAUGGUGGACUUACUGGAGAAGUCCAGAUUAUAACCUUGUCAGAUACUUCUUCACUUUGGUCACUGCUCUCUUGGUUGGUUCUAUUUUCUGGCAGAUCGGCACUGACAGGAGUAAAGCAUCUGAUCUUACAAUGAUCAUCGGUGCAAUGUAUGCUGCAGUCAUAUUUGUUGGAAUCAAUAACUGCUCAACAGUUCAACCAGUCAUAGCCAUUGAAAGAACAGUGUUCUAUCGUGAAAGAGCUGCUGGGAUGUACUCUGCAUUACCUUAUGCCCUUGCGCAGGUGCUUUGUGAAAUACCUUACGUAUUUGGCCAAACCGUAUACUAUACACUUAUAGUGUAUGCUAUGGUGGGCUUUCAAUGGACAGUGGCAAAGUACUUCUGGUUUUUCUUUGUCAGCUUCUUCACCUUCCUUUACUUUACAUACUACGGAAUGAUGACUGUUUCGAUCACACCAAACCAUCAAAUAUCAUCUAUAUUUGCUGCAGCAUUCUAUUCAGUCUUUAAUCUUUUCUCCGGCUUCUUCAUUCCAAGACCAAGAAUUCCUGGUUGGUGGAUCUGGUAUUACUGGAUUUGCCCGGUUGCAUGGACAAUUUACGGAUUGAUUGCGUCACAAUAUGGAGAUCUUGAAGACAAAAUUAGUGUACCUGGCGUCUCUCCUGACCCUACUAUUAAAUCGUAUAUUAAAGAUCAGUACGGCUAUGAUUCAGACUUCAUGGGGCCAGUUGCUGCAGUUUUGGUUGGCUUUGGAGUAUUUUUUGCCACUUUGUUUGCCUACUGCAUAAGGACACUCAAUUUCCAGACCAGAUAAAAGGGAUUUAUUCAGGAAAUUCUUCUUCAAGUUAGCAUGCUUGUAAAUAGACAAUACAAUGCCAUAAAAAAAAUUAGUUUGGUCUUUAUUUGGUUGAGGUUCAUUAAUUUUAUGAAUUUGAGAUAUUGUUUUGAACUUUAUAUUGCUUAUGCAUAAGCAAUUAAGCAUCAUAUAACAUAGAUGAUGAGUUCAGUUUGCAAAAAGUUUGAAGAAUUGUGCUAGGAAAUGUAAAGUUUCGUUUGUCAGAUAAUAUAUCAUCUUAAAGGAACAAA